ACAGCAGAAGCCAUCGUUAAACAUCAUCCGGACACGCCAUUCACUGAAGAUUUUCGACUUCGAGAACGCGAUAAAGGAAAACUUAGUGGAAAGUCGAUUCAAGAUGCCUUAAAUUUAGUUAAAGAGGAAGGCACUACAUAUGGCGAUUAUGGUGAACCUGAACAAGAUUUUAAAGCCAGGGUGGUCGACUUCUUCAAUGAUAUAAUUACAAAACAUUUACCAAAAAAUGAUGACCCUGGUUCAUCUCCAUCAAAUAAACGGAAUUCUCAUAUUCUCUUAGUUACACACGGUGGUGUUAUACGUAAACUUAUCAAGGAAUAUCUCAUUGCGGAUUUAGAUUUCUCUGUUAAUAAUUUAAAUAUGAACCAUUCUGCUAAAAAUACUAGUGUUACAAAAUUCGUUGUUAGAAGAGCUGAAAGCUUAAAUUCGACUGUGAAUGACGAUGAUGCCACUAAUAUCGAACAAAUGAUCAAGAUAAAGGGUGAAAUUACUCUCUGGAGUUGUGUGUCACAUUUGGCUACUCAAGGCAAAAGAGCACUCAGUGAUUCUCACAUUAAAAU